AUGGUGGACCACCGAAAGCGCAACCGCAGUGGCGGAGGGCAGCAGCGGCACCAGCACGAGCCGCAGCAGGAUGCGCGCGGCGACGGCGGCCGCCAGGAGAAGCGCACGCGCAUCGAGGGCGACCCCCAGCGCAACCGCAGAAGCAGUGGCGCGGGCGGCGACCACAACGGUGGCUCAUAUGAUAGGAGGCGCAGCGGCGAAG